UUCUGCGUUUGACGCUCAUUCAUUCAUCAGAUCUGACACCGUUGACAGUCGGAGUCUUUCGCGGUCCGUGCGUCCUUCAGUCCGUCAGUACUCGAAUACCGCGAACCGUACUAAGCGACCAGUUUGUUCACCGGCCAGGCAGAAACGUGAUUGUGAGAAACAUGUGCGAGGCAAAUGACUUGGACGAAUGUUAUAAAGUCGCCGAAGAAUUGGUUUUGUACGCAGGAAAGAUAAUAGAAGAUAGCAUCGACACUAGGAAGAGCGUCAAAAGUAAGGGGAUCGACUGGGAUCUUGUCACCGAAUACGAUCGCAAGAUAGAGGACAAAUUGAUAAAACAAUUGUCCGCGCGAUUUCCAUCGCACAAAUUUAUUGCUGAAGAAACGGUAGCGAAAGAAGGUCGGUUACCGCAGCUGACCGACGAUCCUACAUGGAUAAUAGAUCCGAUAGACGGUACUACCAAUUUUGUCCAUCGUUUUCCGCACACAUGCAUCUCUUUAGCUUUGCUGGUGAACAAAAAGGCCGAAAUCGGGAUAAUAUAUAAUCCUCUCAUGAGACAAUUCUUCUUCGCGAGAAGACAUUGCGGCGCCUUUCUCAAUGGGAAGCCUAUAAAAACGUCGAACGUGAGAGAUGUAUCUCAAUCGUUAGUGGCCAUGGAACCGUGGCUUGCGAAAGAUCCUCAAUAUUUAGCCAAUGUGUACAGUAGAAUGCACGCUCUAAUACAAGGCACUCAUGGAAUACGAUCAUUAGGAACAGCAGCGCUCACAUUGUGUUAUGUAGCAAUGGGAGCUGUGGAAGCGUAUCAUAUCGAGAGUAUAGAUGCUUGGGAUGUUGCAGCUGGGAAGCUAAUAAUUGAAGAAGCAGGCGGAGUUGUGAUAGACACUGCUGGGGGCGAACUAAAUAUAAUGACACCCAAAGUUAUAGCAGCGUGUAAUCAACAAAUUGCACAGCAGCUCGUGGAUCUUUUCAAGAAAGCUGAUUCUGAGAUACUUAAUAAAAACUUGUUGAAUUAAUCAUAUGCUCUUUUUCUGAGACACACAUAUGCAAUGUAUAUAUUAUAUAACUUACAUCAUAUAAUUGCGCAUAAGUCUUGUAUGUAGCUUAAAAAGACAGUCAUACUAAAUUAUUAGAUAGCUGCACUUUUAUUUACUUGUAUUAAUCAAAAAAGUAUACGUUAGAACUGAGAAAUGUACACAUAUUUAGUAUUUUUUUAUGUAUAUGUUAUACUUCUUUUAUCUGAUGUAAUUAUUAUUUUGCAAAAAAUAAUAAAUGUAACACAUCAAUAAAUUACUAUUAAAAAUAAUAAAAUAA